CGCCGUCCCCAGUUACUGCCCGAUCGCAGACCGUGCAUCAUGUGCAACGUGUGUACCCGCGACUUAAAAACUCCGGAGCCAGCGCCGGUCAAGCCGAACCGCGCGCUCGAGAGGUUCAAACUGAAGCACCAGCUCCGAACUGACCCCCACGAUGAGGCCAAGAAGAAGGAGGUGGAGUACCAGCCCGACCUCCUCGCCGUCUCCACUCAGUACUCCAAAAUCGCGUACGACACCUUCAAACAUGCCCUCGUGAAACUCCAGGAGACGAAGGCCUACACCGUGGCGACGAAGACAUCACAGCCUCUGCAUGUGGCCCUAGCGGUGUUGGUGGUGGCGGCCUGGCUGAGCCGCUGUGACGGCGGCAGCGUCCGCGGCUGGCGCGCGCUGUACGUCACCGCCGUCGCCGCUCACCUCGGCACGCAGAUAUGGAUGACGCUUAUAUCUGGCAUCGUGCUGUACUUCUCGCUCCCGCGACACGAGUUCGGCCGGGUGCAGACAGUACUCUUCCCCGUGUACUACGCCUUCAACGCCAUCAUGAGUCUGCUGGCUGCACUGGCGUACUACCGCACUCAGUGCCUCACGAGAUUCGAGAAUACGUCCUGGGUACAGCUAGCACUAUUGUUAGUGGUAUUCAGCAUAGAGGCCUACGUGAGGCUGUGGCUCGUAAGACCAAUGCUGCGGGCCAAACAUGUUAAGACCCAAAUGGAGGAGGCAGCUGGAGGUGGACAGGAGGUCGGCAGCCUCAUCCUGGGUGAACUGGCCCACUGCCCCCGCUACAUCCGCGUCCUCAAGACCUUCAGGGCCUACCACUCCUCGAUAGCCAUGGGCACCCUGAUCACCCUCGGCUGCUCCAUAUACUCAGUCAUGAUCAUAGUGGACUCCAUGUGUCGUUAGUACGAAAUUCCAAAUUGAGUGUCCGGAAUAAUGUCUCGACAGCUCUAGCUAUAAGAGGCAGGCAUAAAUAUUAAUUUUAAGUGACAAAAUUGUGGAUUCAGACUGUGCAGUCUGCUAAUUGAAAUUGUAUGUAGUAAUUACUAAGGAAAUCGACUAUUGGAUGGGAUAUACCGAAGGCGCUGGUCGCGAUUUAUGAGAGAUUUGAGAUUUUGUUCUGACGUUGAGAAUAUUUAGGAUUAUGAUACUGUCCUUUGUAUUAUUGAUCACACAUAACCGACCUGAGUUCCUGAAGAUCUUGUAUACAGAUGUGCGAUUGAUGCCUUAUGUUACAUUAUAUAAAAAGUAUAUGCGUUAUUGAAUUAACAAUUAAUCCUUGGCAUAAUAUCUUGCCUGUACAAACGUUUGUGACCGCAGCCAACCAAUAAGCUGCUUGAUUUGUAUCUGGAGGCGCGGCAGUGCCGAGCCAAGUCUUCUAUCGCAGAUCUCGAAUAAAAGAUUUCUUGCCACAUAGAUACAAUAAGAUGUUGACUUAUUAUGUGUGAUAUGGUGUGAAAUAUAUUAAUAAUAAAUAUUAAGAAAUGGUGAAUCUGGUAGUUCAGGGUUAUUAUAAAUGUCGUUGGAGUAAGGCUCUGUUAAACAUAAAAUAACUCUGAACGAAUUGAAACACUGGGAACAACUUUUAAAGGGCUAUUUUAUAUAGCCUCACAAACUAAAUAGAUAAUUGAGAGUGUGUACAUAUAAUUAUUUAGUUCAGCAGCAAUUCUGAAAUGUUGAAAAAAUUCUAACCGCUUCUAGCUAACUAAACUGCCAGUUUACUACAAAUUGUAAAUGAUAAUAAUAUUAUGAAUAGAGGGCACAUGAUUGAGUUCCUCAUAAUGACUCUAUCUGACACUAAGGGAGAUCGCAGACGGCACACUCUUCGUGUGAUCGAGUCUGCGACGCACAUACAGUCGACAUAAGUGGCCCUUCUACUAAGAACAAUAAUAAUAUUUUUACGCUAUUAGUAACUUACAAGACGAUCUUACAAGCCAUAAUUGCUACUAUUUCAAGAAAUGCACCAGUAUUACAUACUCAUGUAAUAUUUAAUAUUAUGAAGACUAGAUUCACAUUUUAUACGUAUCCUGUACGUUUUGCACUCAUUAAUGUUACAGCGAAAAUAAUUUGACUAGGUCUGCAUUUAAUUAUGUUUAUCUUUGAUGGUCCUGCAGUGCUUUUUAUUUUGAUCUUACUGAAUUAUUGUUUCAUCUUAAUGAUAAAGUAAGCAACUGUCUGACGUAAUAGGCUAGCCGCAGAGUAUCGUCGCAAAGUCUUAUCAACUCUUAUCUUGGGAGUUGGGGCGCGCCAUACGGAAAAUUUCGCAGUAAAUCUUUGCGCUAAUUUAAUGCAACUAGAAAUUGUAUUUCAGGUCAAAUAUGUUAAAAAAAACGACACGUAUGAUUUUCUUUAUUUUAUUGUAUUAUUAAAACGCACCGCGAAAUAAGAACUCUGCACCAUUGCAGAGUUCUUAUUUCAAAUGCGGUGCGUUUUCCCGCAACUCCGGAAUUUCAGCGUGUGUAGUCCCAGCCUUAAGAACUUUUUGUCUGUGCACAAACCGAAUAAAAAAGCUAUCGUUUUAUAGAUGAUGUAGUAUUGGAGUAUUAUAUUUUUGUGUUAAUCUAGUCAGCAAUAAACGUAGAGUGAUCGUUGAA